AUGGAAACGUGGUUUUGGGUUCUCGGCUGGUUCCUCAGCAUUCUCACGAUGGCUGUAAAUGGAUUUCUCAUCCUCCUCGUCUGCAGUAAACGUCAGCUUCGCACCAAAACCAACGCAUUUGUCGUUUCUUUAGCAGUGGCUGAUUUUUGUGUCGGGAUGAUUGCUGUUCCUUCACUCUUUCUCUGCGGCCUUGCAACCGAAUGCACUUCACGCUCAAAAGAAGGAUUUAUUGUGAUGUUUGUAAGGGUUUUCAUUGUUUACAGCUCUGGAGCAAACUUGGUUUUUUUAGUACUGGAACGUUUCUUUGCUGUUGUAAAACCUUUGAAAUACUUGACUUUUAUGAAGCGCCGUCGAGUCAUUCAAAUGGUUCUAACAUCUUGGGGAAUUCCUUUUCUUUUUGCUGUUACUUUAGUGUCCAUUAAACUUAGUGGAAUCGAUCGUGCCCGGACUGUGCUAGGCUACUUGGCUUUGCUUUUCGAGAUUAUCUUGUGCGUAAUUCUAAUCUUUUUUCUUGCAUCCAUGUUUUUUGCUCUAUACUCUAGAGAUCGCGCUUUAGCUAAGCAAUUGCGGUUUAAUCAACCGGUCGCUAGAGCUAAAACUCAAAACAAGGCGUCAGCGGUAAAAUGGGUGGCAUUGGUAACGUGUGUGUUUCUAUCGUGUUACGGAAUAAUGAUGCGUUGUAGUUUAUUAAUGUUAACUGAUCAAAAGUGUAACGAUUUUCAUUACAAAAUACCUCUAGAAGUUAUUAACUCUGGAAUAAACCCUAUAGCUUAUGCUUUCUUCAAAAGAGAUAUACAACAUGAAUGCAAAAAGCUCCUCUUCAAAAGGCGUCGUUAAUAAACAACAGAAUAGUUCCGACACAAGAACAGCAGAGUAGUUAAGGACAGCCAUUAAAAAGAAAUUCAGUGGAAACCAUGUUUUGGGUUCUCGGCUGGUUAUUCUGCAUCAUCACGAUGAUUGUAAAUGGAUUUGUCAUCUUCCUCGUCUGCAGUCAACGUCAGCUUCGCACCAAAACCAACACAUUUGUCGUUCUUAAGCGGUGGCUAAUUUUUUCAUAGUUAAGUCACCUGUUUAAGAGAAGUAGUGUUGAUAUUACAUUUCCUCUAAUAUUUAAGACCACAUGUUGAUUAUUUUGAGGCCAUACUUUACUGGAGAAAAUGUUUUUCUUAAAUUAAUCAUUUAAGCUCGCUUGUAUUUUAGUCUUAGAAACAUCUGGUGAGCUUGCGUUGUAUAUUUUAACGAUAAAGAGUAAAAAAUAUCAUUUUCCUCCUCAAUUUUGUUGCGUUUUUGCAACAGUCCGCCAGUCCACUGCAUUAUGCUCUUGUUGAUGAAUUACAUGAUAACUUUGAAACGAUAAAUGCUGGAAAACAAAAGUUGAAUUCCCUGAAUUUCGUCCACGACAGUCGAUUUGCAUACGUGCAACUUCCACAUGAGCUGUCACGGUUUUAAUUUAACGAGGAACUGGCCAUCAUCGCUGUUAGCCAAAGCCGAUACUAGAUUCAUUGAUAUAAAACUUUUAAUCUCCCCUUUUCGUCAAGAAAUAUUUCACAUUUGGUAGUCAGGUAACAACAUUACAUUUCCAACACUAUUUUAUCCUAUGAAAACUUUUCUUGGAUAUUCUCGUCAAAGAAGAUCCUAGUUCGACUUAAAAUGAAAUAUUUGAUAAAUAUCUUAGUCCUGUAAUUGGUCGGUCAAUGUCAUCAAAUGCAAACGCUUUCAGAAAAUUUUAGAACUUUAUGUUUUCUCGAUAAGUCUUUGUGAAAUGUUUUUAAUUUUUGCUAGUGUGUCUAACAAAUUUUUCACAGAAAAGUGACGCACUUGAUCCACAAGUCUUCAAUAUGAUGACCUUUAAAACGAGUAUGAAAACAAGUUAUUUGGUUGCAACUGAUGCAGAACAAGCUGUCGAUAACAGCACAAAUUACACGGAGAUGGAAAGUGAAAUUUCGGCAAAGUAACCGACGAAAACACCAGGCCGGCAAGUAACAACAGGAAAGGCAAACAAAGGUCGGAAUGCUCGCUGUUCCUUCACACUUUUUCUGCAGCCUUGCAACCAAAUGCACUCCGCGCUCAAAAGAGGGAUUAAUUAUGAUGUUUGUAAGGGUUUUCAUUGUUUACACCUAUGGAACAAACUUGGUUGUUUUAGUACUGGAACGUUACGUUGCUGUUGUAAAACCUUUGAAAUACUUGACUUUUAUGAAGCGCCGUCGAGUUAUUCCAAUGGUUCUAACAUCUUGGGGAAUCCCUUUCCUUUUUGCUCUUACUUUAGUGUCCAUUAAACUUAGUAGAAACGAUCGUGCCCGGACUAUGAGCAGCUACUUGUAUUUGCUUUUCGAGAUAAUCUUGUGCGUAAUUCUAAUCUUUUUUCUUACAUCCAUGUUUUUUGUUGUUUACAAUCUGAACUCUAGAGAUCGCACUUUAGCUAAGCAAUUGCGGUUUAAUCAACUGGUCGCUAGAGCUAAAACUCAGAACACUUAA